UUGUGAACCACAAGUCCCAAACCUGUUUGUCUACCAAGCGGUGAUCCACCCUCAGCACUUAAUAGACUAGAUUAUGUGAUUCCUUUAACUGGGAUCCUUUCGACAUUGAUGGGGUUUACUAACAGCUUAUCAUCUGAUAUUCAUGACAUUUUAAUUUUUUCAAUCAUGAAUUAUACGCAAAUAAUCAUGUCCAUGCUUCCUCUGUUUGUGAGUCUGGUGACAGUUUCAGUACUUUUAGAGGAUUUGUGGCUCAGUAGGUUAGGGCUGAUAAUAGCGUUUGAGGCGGCUGCUUUGGUUUCAUUUCUCUUUACUUUGUCCUACAACAAUGACUGAGAAAAGGUAAGAAAGAGCAGCAACAAGGAAAAAGAGUGAUAUUUGAUUUGCAUCCCUAUAUUAUCAUUAUUGUUUCUAAUCUAUCUGCUCAUUCACAUAUUUUGUGUGUAUACAUUAACUAGGUAUGUUUAAUUUGAAAAUUUGGGAAUGAAAGCAAAAUAAAAAGGUGUAAUAUGUUUAGUUUCAGAUCACCCUUUUUGCUAUAAAACAAAACAAGCACUGCACAAGUCUGUCCAUGUUUCAAAAUCCUGUUCUUCCAGAUGGCACAUUUAAAGAGCAGCUUAGCUGUACCAACUUUAAUGAGGAUGGGAGAAUAGGAUAAAAGGUGAGAGCCAGUGAGUGCUUUUUAAUAGUUUUUCUUUUCAACACAUGUAUCUGUACUUGAAUAAAUGACAUUUGGGUUUUGUUACACGUUCGGAGAUUCUCUGUUGCAGGUGGAUUACAUCUAUUUUACUUAUGACUUGGUUCUGAAUUAAUUGAAACUUGUUGAUUUCUAAGGUGAAACACGUUGAUGUAUUCAUUCAUACUCCUCUGUUAGGGCUGCUGACCAAAGACAGUCCCUCAUUCUGGACACAACACUCAUGGCUACAUUUAAAGUGUCCUCUAGUAUAAAAACUUGGAAAAUUUACUGAUUAGAAAUUAAGCAGUGCAAUCUAAACCUCAGUUUUGGUUUUCACCCAGGACAUGACCUAAGAGAGAAAGUGCAAAUUUAAGAUUGAACUCUUGAAUUAGUCGACUAAUAUCAGUGCAUAGAGCCUGUACCAACAAUAAACAGAUCUACUACCAAAUAGGCUACCUAAAAUCAUAGUUAUGGGUCUAAAAUGUUCUUCAGUGAUCAUUUGAGCCAAAACACCCUUUAAAAUAUGUAUAAUCCUAUUUCUAUAAAGGUGUAAUUCAUAUGAAGUCUUUUGGCACACAGAUCAUGAAGGUGUUAGACUAAAAGUAACCCACACAACUCCAUGGUAGAGGUAGUCUAUCUGAGAAUUAUGUGUUGAAUACUUUAUAUCCACUGCAGUGUCACUCUGGCCUACUAUGUUAUUUAUUACAAAGGUUUUAUGGGUCAAACGCCAACGGUCUCCUCUUGUUGUCUAAACACAGGCCUGCUAACACCACGUGGGAGUAAAAGAAAUUGAACCCUGGCGGAGGUUUGCUGCCCUCCGCAGGCUGCUUCCCGGUAAAUGUGCUUCUUCUCUGAGAUAAAAGAAGGAACAUCUCGGUGUAGGGAAGAAAACCACACUGUAACUGAGAAAAGUGGACGACUUGGUCGUAUUAUAACGCCACAUAAAUCACCAGUCUGAGCUCCUGUGCGGUGUUUCUUUUAUACACAGAACCCUCAGUCUUAAGGAUGUACUUUUAAUCUGCAUGAAUGCCAAAUAGCGGUUGGUUCACGCGCACGGGGCGACACUUCAUCUUUUCCGGAGGAAACGCAGAUUUAAAGCUCCGUUGUUUGCGUUUUUCACCAGCGUUCAAUACAUGCCGCGAUUAUUAAACCGAUUAUUUUAUCUAAUAACUAAUUUCCUCGUGUUUAUAGUCAAAUGAAUGUGUGUAUAAUGGCAGAUAGACCGGCAUGGCACGUCAGCCAGAAGAACACAGGGAGAGUGACAAGGACGAGGAGAGGGAGAAAGAAAGGGGAGGGGAACUGACAUUAAAGCAACACAACAAGGAAACUACACUGCAGAGCCUCAGACGCCUUCAUUUUAUGUUUUUGAAUAAUAGCAGGAGCUGGUGUGGCGAAGUGUAUCUGUGAAAUCUGCCCGGAGCUCAGCCCCACACAGCGGCAAGUGCCCCGAAAAGGAGCAGCUUUUCAGCGAGUUGGAUUGAAAAGGCGCUCUCGGACGCUUUCAGAGAUAUGGGUGAGGAUAAUGAAAGAGAGGUUUAAUUGUAAUUCUGUGGGAAAUUAACUGAAGGAGGACAGGCCUGUCUUACGAGCAGACAGAGCUCCGUCCUAAUGGGGAGAGGAAACAAAGACCAACCGCGUACCUCAGCCAUAAUUAAUGAAAUGCCAAUUUAGAUAAUCUUUGAGCUAUUUUGCCCCCAUGAGGUUCCUUUCACUAUGAUAGGACUGCUAUCAUUUUAGCAUGCUGCAAUUAUGAGAGAAGCAGGCUGCCAUUACAGUGGAGUUUGCCUUUUUAAGACUUAAUCAUGAAAACAAUGAGCUUUUGUAUCAUAGGCUGUGUUCCUGAUGUUACUUAUCUUUACAGAUGUUUCACUGGUAAUCUGGCUUAUGUUGUAUCUAACACAGCAGGCUGUGGGCAAACAUUAAGUGAAUGCACCAUACCGUCCGUGGAUCAUAGAUUUGUUUCAACACUAAUAUUACACAACUAUUGUGUGUUUGUGUGUGUGUGUGUCCAGGCUCAGAGCCACCCAGCUCUCCACAGGUGGUAGAGGAUGGAGGAGAGGAGGAUGAGGAGGAGCUGAGUGGAGGGGAGGAGGCAGACCUGCGCUCCAGCUCUGGCAGGGGCUCCCUGCUGACCAGGAGAGGGAUCACCCUGAGGGUACUGCUCAAGGACGGCCUUGUGGAACCAGGGGACGGGGUGCUGGCCAUACACUAUUUGGUAAUAACAAACAUGACGUAGGAUAUCAUGCCUCAUUCACGCCCUUGCAUUCAUGGCAGCAAAUGCUCUUAUCUAUGGUUUGACUUUUGAAAGUUAUAAAUCCUCUCGUUUGUUUCCUCAGGGUAAGAACUUUGUUGGAGACCUGUUGACUGAUGGGAAAAUCAGAUGGGUGGAAACAGGCCAGAUCUUCAACUCCCCUAGUGCCUGGGCGACACACUGCAAACGUUUGGUCAACCCAGCCAAGAAGUCUGGCUGUGGCUGGGCAUCGGUACGCUACCGAGGACAGAAGCUGGUUCAGUACAAAACAACAUGGCUGCAUAAGUACCAACCCAGCGCAGACAUGGUGAGAGGAAAUAGAACAAACCAUUCUAAGCAGCAGAAAGUUAGAUGUGUGUCAAAAUCAAACAUGACCUAAAUUUUGAUUCACAUAACCCUGGUCACAACUCCGGCUUCUAAAUAACUAACAUACAGUUAGCUACCCUAAAGCAUGUGUUUCAAUUUUUCAUUUGUACAAUGCAACCAAUGACACUGCUGCACUGUUGCAGGAUUUUUCCUAGAUGAUGAAAGAAAAACAGAGUUGUAACAAAGUGGGCGCUGGUAGUGAAAGAGGGAUGAUGUAAUUUUCUAGAGGCAAGGAAAAGAAGUCUGUUGAGCUAAAAAUUACUGCUCCUUAAAAAAGAGCCCCGGUCUAAGCGUGGAGAUAAGUUGUAAGGAUAUGCAUUUCCCAGCUCAAAAAGCUCAAUCACAAGUGUUCCAGCAUCUUGUAUUAAUUUUCUUAUACCGAGCUUGAUAGAUAUUGUAAAAAAGUAAGAAAAUUAUUAUUUGUUAAAUCACAGAAAGAAAACAACGCAACAGAUUUUUAAAAAUUCCUUUGUGAAAAAAAAGAAGACAUAUAUUUGACAGCAGUAUCAGUCAUUUUUGGUCCCAUUUUAACAACAUAAUCUUUUCAAGUAUUCAAUCUUCAGAUUAAAACUACCUAAUGACCCCUUACUUGUAUUUAAGGUUUGAAUAUAAUGAAUUAGUUAAACUCUUUAACUAAUUCAAUAAUUAUUACCCACUAUAUUAUCCUGUUCUGAGUUGUAUGUUUAUCGAUUGCGUAUUUUUCGUACUGCCAGAGCUUGGUAAGUGAGGAGGACGAUGACGAGGACGAAGAAGAAGGGAAGACAGCUGUGCAAGCAGAUGAGAAAAACAAGAACAGCAAACCUGGAUUACAUGGUAUGAUUACCUUCUCUUUUAAAUUUUUAAAUAUGUACAUAUUUCAUGAUUAUGCAUUUUCAUGAAAAUAAAACAAAUACUGUUCUUAAAUGUUACAGACGCGAUGGUGUCACGGAGAUCUGACAGAGAGAGAAUCCCUGUCAGAUAUUGCACCUUGGGCACCAGGGAUGCUGCCAGGUACUGACUGUAAUUCCAAAAGAUCUAUGUGAUUUCAUGUGACAGAUGCAUUCAUCUUGUUCAGAGUGUGUUAAAGUGUGAUAGACACUAAUUUUUAUUCUCAGAGAUCCUCACACGCUGGUGGAGCUGUCAGCCUUCUCAGCCAUCAACCGGUUCCAGCCUUUCAAUGUUGCUGUGUCCAGUAACGUGUUGCUGCUAAUGGUAAAUACACAAUCUAACAAAAUGAAAGAAAUUUAAUGAUGAAGAGGAUGUGAAAUCAUAAACUUUUUAUUCCCAUCAGGAUUUCCACUGUCACCUGACCACUAGUGAGGUGGUGGGAUACCUUGGAGGUAGAUGGGAUACCAACACACAACGUGAGUGCAACUUCACCUCAUGUUUAAUGUACAUCAAUUGAAGAAGCCUGAUUUGACCCUAUCAUCACUCUCUUUACCCUCGAUUUGUUCCAGUGUUGACUGUCUUGAGGGCUUUUCCCUGUCGGACCAGGCUGGCAGACAGAGACUCUGCAUCUGCAGUUGAGGAGGAGGUAAUAAACAAACAGUGAAUCAGUUGUCUGCAAUAACAGCAUGCAUGCUUUCGGAUAACAUGAUGGGGAAUGACACUCAUUUUAAAAAUUCACAAGUGUUUUCAGUGUUUCAGGACAACACUUGUCAGUAUGCAUUUCUCUUUUUAAGAAACCAGAAACCAAAUGACAUAAUACAGUUUUAAUCACAUCAAAAUGAUAUUAAUCUAUAGAUUCUGUGCAUUUUUGCAGUUGAAACACAUGUUCACUUAUGCGAGAAUCUAAGGCUGAUCAACUGCAAAAAUUCAACAGUUUCCUGGAAUUUUAGUCUCACAGAAAUGCUCCAAUCACAAGCACAGACAGUUUUUCUGUGAUUUAAUUAUAACUUCAUGAAAAGUGUUCCUCCUUUAAGUCUUUAAGCACAUUUAUUUGUAAAGUAAAAGCAAAUUGCAUGAAUUUUUAAGGCACUUAAAAUUAGUAAGGAGCGUAAAAGAAAAUUUGCCAUAUAGGAAAUAAAGCCUAGAAGAACGGUGCAAUUAGAAGUUAUUUCAAAUUAGCACAUUUUGACUUGUCUCCUCUUGUAGUGUACAUAAAAAUUCUCUGCUGCUUAUUUCUUUAAGUCUUUUUUUAAUAGAAUCAGCAACACAGGAGAACUUUUUUCUUCUUCUCACCCUCUCCCGUGUGACUCUGCUCCAGAUCUGUCAGAACUUGUUCAUGCGCGGGCUGUCAUUGGUGGGCUGGUACCACAGUCACCCGAGAGGUCCCGCUCUGCCAUCACUGCAGGACAUUGACUCUCAAAUGGACCACCAGCUGAGGCUGCAGGGCUCAAACAACGGCUUCCAGCCCUGCCUGGGCAUUAUCUGUGGUGGGUGCCUGUCUUUAUUUUCUUUAAACUUUCUUCUUCUUUUUAAUUUGUGAAAAAUUAAAUCAACACAAAAGAAAAAAAAAAUCCUCUCACCAACAUGUUAACAUUGCCCAUUGAAACAACCAAAAAUUCAACAUUACUCGUGAUUUAAGCAGAUCACAGGAGUGUCUAUUAUUUGAAAAUUCACUUUUGUUUAAUUUGCUGUUUUUGUUUUUUCAGUUCUUAUUUGAGUUAGUGAGUGCGAGUGUCUUCUGUGGAUGUGAACAGAAAUGUCUUAGGUUCAUCUAUAACUGCAGGGAUGUGGGAUCAACAUUAAAGAGAAGAUAACUACUUUGCUUUCAACCCUUCGUCUCUUGCAGGUCCAUAUUAUCACGGUAAUCAAGGAGUGGCAUCUACAAUAACUCCAUUUUGGGUCGUACCACCACCUGAGGUGAGGAGAAGGCAUUGUGAAAAGGGUUAUCAACUAUAAUUUGGAGUUUGAAAAGCAAAACUGCAAACUUAAUAUCGUAUUUGUGACGUUUGAGCUUAAGUUUAACAUCUUCUGUUUUCCUGCAGCAACGGUCUAAUGAUUACGGUAUUCCAGUAGCUGUGGAGGUCACUUAUGUACAGGACAACUUUCUCACUAGUGAUGUUCUUAAUGAGAUGGUAUGGAUACAACAGCCUCAGAAAACCAAAGUAUAGUACAUUUUUUGGAACUACUGCAGAAUUCAUGAAAAGGUUUUGUUUCUUUCCUCCGCAGAUGCUGCUGGUUGACUACUACAGGGCAGCUCCUGAUCUUGUACAGUUCGGCCAGUACUGGUGUCCUGAUACAACCAUGAUGGACAAGAUAAAGGUAGGAUGAUUUAGUUAAAACCUGUCAUCUGAAAGAUAAAAUAAUGGGCAGACUCAAGGUGAUGAUCCUGGCUGUCUCCCAUUUAAUAUGCCACCUAGCAUUGAGCUGAUAUAAGUACAAACUUCUGUCUUUGUCUUCAGGGCUCUCUGAGCUGCCAUGCUCCCAAAGACCAGGCCUAUUCUCAGAUCUUGGAGCACGUCUACAGUCAGCUGAGCAACAUGCAUUGAGUGCGGCUACUCUGCAUGUGGCCUCUGUCCAACUUGGAGGGGUUCCAUUACAAACAUUGUUUGUGCAGAGCGGACAGGACGGGAGUGACCGAUGUACCAACGUAAAAACCUGCUUGAAAAACAUAAAGAUGCCUUGAAUUCUUUGCUCUUCGACACUUAAUUUUGACACGGCAUUAUCCUGAGUUAAAAAAAAAAACACUGGAACGACUCUGGAGGUUCUCAAAUCUGUGCUAAAUCUGUGAUAUCAGGAGUGCUUGAUUAAACAUAGAGGAAUAUACAAUUGAUAACUGAAGCUAGAAAGCCCUGAAUUAAGGUACAUGAUACUGAUAAGUGUUAGAAAGUAUCGUAUUGAGGACACACUAAAUAGACUUAUUUCAGCCCACCUGACUGGCCUCUUACAUUUUACACCUGGACCUGUAUGUGCCUAUCUGUGCUAGUAUUCUGUGGUAUAUGUGGAUACUGCCAGAUAUGUACUAUGUAACUUUUUAGUGUGUUUUUAUUGCCUUUAAAGACUAAACCAGUGUUUGGGGGAAAAAGUGAAAAUGACUAGCAUUAACAAUACUACCUUAGCAAAGUAUGCAAACGUUUCUCGGUAUGAGCUUAGCUGUACUCUGCACUUGGUUUUGUGAAUGUUUCUAUUCCUUAAGGCUGCAAAGUGGUACAAGUAAUUCAAUGUGCCAAGCAUUUUGUUUUUACUAACCUGCGUGUGUAUGUGUGUGUGUGCGCGCGCGGGUGAGUGUUUGUGAAAGUUGCCCUCUACUGUCUCCUCAGAGUUUUGUGAGACAUGAGUCCUGUAGGAUAGGACAGAUAUUUACGUCUUCUUUCUUCCCUGUACUGUAUUUAUUACUAACUGUGGAUUGUGUGAUGUACAUGUAUGAAGACAGAGCAAUGCCUUAAGCCUGCUGAUGAUCCACAAAGCAUUAAAACAUACACACUGGAACUAUUUAAAAGAGAUUGUUUGGCUG